AUGGUUCACUUUGUCCAAUCUGCAGAUGAAUUCCAUACCACCAUUGCCGGUGACAAGGUCGUAUUUGUCGAUUUUUUCGCAACCUGGUGUGGACCAUGCAAGGCUAUCUCGCCAAUCUUUGAAAAACUGAGCUCUCAAUUCCCCAAUGCCGUAUUUAUAAAAGUAGACGUUGACGAAAUACCAGACAUCUCUGAAGAAGCUGGAAUCAGAGCAAUGCCGACAUUCCAGACUUACAAGGCUGGCAAGAAGAUUGCUGAACUAGUUGGUGCCGACCCAAAGAAACUUGAGGCUAUGAUUGUCGCCAACUAUGUCGCUGCAUAA